AUGCCUGGACGCAAUCGUAACCAGAACAGAAACGGGCGGGCCCCGCAGAACUUCCAAGGACAGCACUAUCAAAGUCACGGGAACAACAGAGGCAACGGUAAUAACAACCAAUACCGCCGAGGCGCUAAUACCACGCACCAGGGAGGCAAUGGUAGCAACACCCAAAAUCACCGAAGGAGCAACGAUUACCAGGGAGGCAAUGGUAGCAACAACGGACAAAACAGAAGAAACAGCACUUACCCAGGAGGCAAUGCUAACUACAACAAUGGACAACACCACCAAAACAGAAGAAACAACAAUUACUCAGGGGGCAAUGCUAAUUACAACAAUGGACAACACGGACAAACCAGAAGAAACAACAAUCGCCCAGGAGGCAAUGUUGACAACAAUGGACAAUACGGACGAAACAACAAUCACCAAGGACGUAGUCCGAUUAACAUCCAUGGACAUCAAGGGGGCCACAACCCUCACCAGGGACGCAAUAGAAACAACAACGGAAACUACCAAAACAACAACUGGCCCAACAACAGAGGCCAUCAAAACGGCGGCGUAAAUUUGAACGUCGUCCAAUGGCAGGACGACCAGCAUGGAAGAGGAAUCGUAACCGAGCAGUUGGUUUACGAUGGCUGUGUCAACAACGGGGGGUGCAAUAGUUAUCACGAUCACAGAGGUAGGCUGGUCCGUCUGUGCAACGGAAACUGCCAGAAUCAACAAGACGCGAACUACCCAUACUGCCAAAGGGAACCCGACAUGACCCUGAGCAACAUGGCCGCCCCCAUCCAGAUUGACUUCUCUCCUACCGACGUCGACCUCCGAUUGCCAUUUGACGCAUCCGCGUACCCUUACAACAGGGAGAUUCAGUGGAACGGCUUCGCCGAGGUCGCCCUCAAAGAGAAUCGUGAGCGUCGGCUUUGGUAUGACAGCCUCAGUUGGGCGGUAGACUCGGAUGGAGACACUGUCAUGGCGGAUAUGACUACCAAUCGACCCGUGUGGUUUGUAGGCCUCUGGAAGAAUCCGUGUUAUGAUAUUGAUCUGGAACCCGGCCCGAUGGAUAUCGAUGGCUGUGGACUUGCUGAAGCUAACGCACCCAUAGAUAUCGAGGAUUGGGGGCUUGCUGAAACCAUGUCAGAGUAUUAG